AUGGAUGACAUUACAACUGUGCAGGAAAAUUCAUCUGUUCCUUUAUCUAAUAAUAAAAGACAUGAUACCAAUGCAAAUAUAUCAGAUCAGAAUUCUCAGCUCAAAGCUGAAUCCACAUUUAUAUCUAAUGAAAAUUUUGAUUCAUCAAAAAAUCGAGUUGAAAUUCAAACAAAUUAUUAUACACAUAACAAAUCGCUUGAUGAGAUAAAUAACUCAAUGUCUAGAUUAUCUAUGCAUGAUAUAAGAUCAAUGAAUCGUUCGAAUCCAAAUCGUUUUCGUCCACAUCCAAGUUAUUCAUAUCAUCAUUCAAUACAUUCACCUUCGUACUUUCCUCCACAACGUAUGAAUCAACCUGAAACUCAAGCACAAUUAGUUGCUUUUACUCCACCAUUGAUGUCAAUUCGGUUACCCUAUUCAGAAUUUCAAACAUAUGAACAAAAUUAUUGUCCAUCAAGAUCAUACAUGCAAACUCAAUCUAAUGAGCAAUCAUCUUUACCAAUAAAUUAUAAAUCUGAAACAGUAACAUCACAACCAGAAUAUUAUGUGGAUAGUUUUGCAUCAAAUUUUUCUGAUAAAUCAUCUUCAAAUAGCAAUAAUAAAACAAAAACCAAACAUGUUACUUUUCAAGAACCAAAUAUGGCAAAUGAAUUAGUAAAUACAAAUUCAAAUCAUAUGACUUAUCCAUUAUCAUCACCUAAUUGGACAUCACCAACUCACAUGUAUCCACCUUUACGUCCAUCUAAUCGACACUAUAAUCCUUACAACUACCAGCAUUACAAUCAAUUUCAUUCGCAAUAUCCUAAUAUGAUAAUACAUCCACGACUGAUGAAUCGUCCUCGUGGAAUACAUAUGAUGUCGGCGCCUCACGUAUGGACGCCACAAUCAUAUUAUUUUGAUCCACAAACGCCAUAUAUUCAUCAUCGUUUUCAACCAAAACAACUCUAUGAUCCAAAUAAACCAAAAGUAUCAUCAACAUCUGAAUGUCAUAAUUCAUCAAAAGUAAUUCGUAAAAUUGAACCAAAAAAUAAGAAAAAAACAAAACAAACAACUAACAAUGAUAAUUCAACUGUAUCAAUAUCUGAAACUAUUCCACAUCCAAUUACAAUUCUUCGUAAACCAAGUACAGACACUGAAAUAAUUACAUUGCCAACUUCUAUUGUUUCACAAUUAUCUGAAGAUCAAUCUAUUUUGUCAUUCGAAGAAGAACAACAACGACAACAAGAAGAAAAAAUUACUUCAUCAAACAAAGAUAAUUCAGACAUUCCAUCUGAAAAUGAACAACCACCAAUUUGUUCAACAAUUGAAAAUUGUCCAGAUAUUUCAUUCAAAGAAGAACAAACAAAUACUUCAUCAAUAGAUAAUCAAUCUUUAUUAUUACCAAGUCAUGAACUUUUAUCUAUUUUACAAAGUGCAAAUUGUUUAUCUUCUUUAAAUGAAUAUGCUCAACAAAAAAAAUUUACAUUAAAUUAUGAAUAUUCUUCUAUUUCUCCAUCAUCAUUUACGUGUAUAAUUUCAAUUAAUGGUCGUUCAUUUCCUAGUUCAUCAAUUUGUUCAUCAAAAAAUGAAGCACAAAAAUUAGCAUGUGAUCAAACUUUACGUAUACUUUAUCGUGAAUCAUGUAGUAAAGAACAAUUUCCAUUGGAAUUUUCAGAUAAACAUGAUUAUAUUGCACAUCAAUCUAUAUCAAAAUUUCAAAAUUUAAAUAUAAAUGAAUUAUUACUUGGUCGUAAAACUUUAGCAUGUAUGUUAAUGAUAACUGAUGGACAAUAUGAACAAGCACGUGUAAUUAGUAUGGCUACUGGAAAUUCUUGUCUAAAUGAAACAAAUCUUAUUUAUGCUAAUGAUGGAAUAGCUUUACAUGAUUGUCAUGCUGAAAUACUUGCACGUCGUGGUCUUAUUAGAUUUUUAUUUGAACAAAUUAAACAAUCAAAAGAUAAUCAAUCAUCAAUUUUUGAAUAUAAUUCAACAAUCAAUAAAUAUCAACUUCAUGAUAAUACAACAUUUCAUAUGUAUAUAUCAUCAUUACCAUGUGGUAAUGCUUCAUUUAAUAUUUUAUCAAAUUCUAUACGUUAUAAACAAGGUCAAACAGAAGGUACUAUACUUGAUUCAACAAAUUCAAUACAAUAUUCAAUAAAAUCAUGUAGUGAUAAAAUAUAUCGAUGGAAUAUCUUAGGUAUUCAAGGUGGUCUUUUAAUAAAUUUACUUACUAAACCAAUUUAUCUUGAAUCAAUAACAUUAGCAUGUGAAGCAACAUUUGAUCGUAAUCAUGUCAAAUAUUCAUUAUAUGAACGUUUAAAUGAACAUAUUCAUUCAUUACCAUCUCCAUUUAUUUGUCAUUUACCUGAUAUUGAUUGUCCGAAAACAAAAUCAUUUCAACAUGAAAGAAAAGUAGCUAAACUUCAAACAAGUGCAUUUGCAUGGAAUACUACAAAAUCAGAUAGAAUGGAAUUAUUAGAACCUAUGACUGGAAAACUGAAAAAUGAUCGAUCAAUGUCUUUAUUAAGUAAACGAAAUCUUUUUAAAGAUUUUACAAAUUUUAUUCAAACAAAUUUUCCUGAUGAUAAUUCUUUAUCAUAUACAACUUAUCAGCAAGCUAAACAACUUAAUAAAACAUAUGUUACAGUAAAAGAUCUUAUUUCAACAGCUUUUCAAUCUGGCUCAUCUGAUACAAAUAUAUCAUGGUUAAGUAAAAGUGAUAAACUCGAACAAUUUUCAAUGGAAUGA